AUGAGCUUGAAUGAAGUGGGAGACGGUGAAGCAGGUGAGACUGAGGGCCUGCUUCCAAACUAUCUCGGUGAUGACCCACGGCCAACAAGUAAGCGAGAGCUUGCGGGCUGGUAUUGUUAUGGCUGGGCAGCCGAGGUCUUCCCUGUCUGUGCUAUGGGCUCAUUUCUUCCGAUUACACUGGAACAGCUGGCGCGGGACCGCGGCGUUCUCCUAUCCGACAAGACUACCCCCUGUACGCCGACAUGGAAGCCAUCGAAGGACCACCCUGAUGGAUAUCAUAUCCAAGGCUCUGAUGCUGGCCAGUGUAUCGUCUACUUCCUUGGUGCCGAGAUCAACACGGCAAGCUUUGCCUUAUAUACCUUUUCCCUCAGCGUCCUGGUCCAAGCGAUUCUCAUCAUAUCCAUGUCUGGCGCCGCUGACCACGGAAGCUAUCGAAAGAAGUUGCUAAUCACGUUUGCGUUUAUCGGCGCCACUGCAACGAUGUUACUCCUCGCGGUAGUCCCUUCAGUCUAUCUUCUCGGAGGACUCCUGGCCAUCGUUGCGAAUACCUGCUUUGGUGCGUCCUUUGUCCUUCUCAACUCGUUCUUACCAGUCCUUGUUCGCCACCAUCCGUUGGUCUUGGAGAAAAGCCUGGAUGUCCAAGAAGCAUUGGAUGCUGCUAGCCCAUCUAGAGAGAAUGGUGAUACAUUCGAAAAUGGAACUCUGCCUCGACCUGACGCCUCCACCCCACUCCUUACCUCUGGCUUAGCGGAAGCCGAGAGUCGAUUGGAUAUCAUGACCUCAGUGGAGCUCCGCGUGUCUACCAAGAUUUCCUCCUACGGAAUAGGAAUAGGCUAUAUCGGCGCUGUGAUUCUGCAGAUGAUGGCUAUUCUUGUUGUGGUGAUCUUUCACCAAACCACGUUUUCCCUACGUCUGGCACUGUUCCUAAUCGGGCUGUGGUGGUUUGUCUUCACCAUUCCGGCAACAUUCUGGCUUCGCGCCCGCCCAGGUCCGCCACUUCUAGCGAGCGAUGGCAAGCCUUUGGACUCAUGGGCAGCAUAUCUGACCUACUCGUGGAAGUCCCUUGCCAAAACAGCUAUGCGCGCACGACGCCUGACGGACAUUCUAAUCUUUCUGGUAGCAUGGUUCCUGCUCAGCGACGGCAUUGCCACCGUUAGUGGUACGGCGGUGCUGUUUGCCAAAACCGAGCUUGACAUGAAACCCGCUGCACUCGGACUGAUCAAUGUGAUUGUCAUGGUUGCCGGGGUGUUUGGCGCCUUCUCAUGGAGCUACGUGUCGGGCGUGCUCGGCCUUCGGACGUCGCAGACCAUCAUUGCAUGCAUCAUUCUGUUUGAGAUCAUUCCGAUCUAUGGGAUUCUCGGCUUUAUUCCUUCUGUGCAGCGAAUGGGAUUUGGCCUUCAACAGCCCUGGGAGAUGUUCCCGCUGGGCGCGGUGUAUGGAUUGGUGAUUGGUGGCCUCUCCUCGUACUGUCGAAGCUUCUUCGCCGAGCUCAUCCCGCCGGGCUACGAGGCAGCUUUCUACGCUUUGUACGCGAUCACCGAUAAGGGAUCAAGCAUCUUUGGACCGGCCAUUGUCGGAGCAAUUACCGACCGCUACGGCCAGAUUCGACCAGCCUUUGUCUUCCUGGCCAUUCUCAUCUUCCUCCCACUGCCAUUGAUGCUGCUGGUCGAUGUGGAUCGUGGCAAGCGGGAUGCGCUCGAGCUCGGUGCCGAACUGGACCGCCUAUCUGAAACAGCGGGAUACGGGGCCCUCUCCGCUGACGCGGAGGAGUCGUCCGACGUAGCGGGGCCUGUGGUGCAUGCGGUGCCUGGAUUGUAG